GUAUGGGGGCGUUUUCCAAGAAUUUUUGUUUGUCUUUUUUCUUUAUCUUUUUUUUUCAGUUUUUCUACCUUCUCAAUAUCUUUUCUAAAAUAUUUUUUUAUCUUCUUAGACUGCGUGUUCUCGUUACUUUCUCUUUUUUUGUGAUUUUUUCUUUCAAGAAAACGUUGGCAGUUGGGAUUAAUCGAAAAAGUAAAAAAAGCUAAAUAAACAAAGAAAAUAAAAAUGAAAAAAUA